AUGUGGCAAUCUGAAUCUCGAGUGCAUCUAUGCGCCGAAUUGCUGCACGAACUCGCUCAAGGACUCUGCACCCAACUGACCUUGGGGAGCAGUGAGUUCAACCAGAUGCGCGACCAUAUUGCUGCACUCCAAGAGCAAGUAAACGACCUUUACGCCAGCUUGAACGAGUUGCGAAGCAGAGCCGACAUCUCCUUUCCGGCUCCCAUCGACCCGCAGUUCUCCCACGAUGGCUCAACCCGUUCCAUGUCCGUGUCGGCGUCCCGUACGCUACCACCCCUCAUCUCGCCCAAGAGAGCACAGCCCAAGGCCUUGCCUCAAUUUCAUGGCCCGACAAGCACAGUCUACGGAUUGGAUGUGGCCAAAUCUUCCCUUCAGACCAUGGGGAUCACACAUAAUGCACCGGACGAUGGUAUGAUGUCUCGCGAUCGAAGUCGAGCGGCAUCACCUAUCAUGAUACUUCCGCCUCAUCCAAGCAAAGACCCCCUAUGGUUGAUUGACCAUCCCGAAGUGGUUCGUCUGUGUCGCGUCUAUGAGGAAGAGAUUGGAAUCAUGUAUCCUGUGGUGGACAUCGAUAAGGUUUUGAAGCAAGCGACCUCGUUAUACAAGUUCAUCGCAGCGUCCCUGAGAACUGGGCUGGGUCAACCCGGUCUCCCAGGCGCAGACACGUUCGACGAUGAGGAGACCACCGUUUUAAAGAUGGUUCUAGCGAUAACGCUGACUGUUGAAGGACACGGACGAAGUGAGUUGGGCCAAAGAUUCUUUGAUGCGGCAAAACCAGCGACGGAUCUGAAGUUAGUUACCGCAUUGGACAUCAAGUCCGUCGUCUUGACGGUAUUGACGGCUACUUUCUACUUCCAAAAAGAUGAGGAGGCACAGGCAUGGCGAUUCAUUGGUAUCGCAGCGCGCAUGUGUAUAGAAAUGGGGCUUCACAGAAAGGACUCGUUGCUCAAAUCCUUUACGAACGAAGCUGAGUAUCAGCAAGCCAUUCGUAUCUUCUGGACCGUCUACGCGCUCGAUCGUCGCUGGAGCUUUGGCACAGGCAUGCCAUUUGCAUUGCAAGAUGCAGACAUUGAUCCCGCUCUGCCUGAACCGGAUGAGAGUCAUCCAUAUUUGAAACACAUUACCAAGUACAAUCAAAUCGCCACAAAAGUCUGGUACCACAAUCUGGCGUAUGAGGCGGGCCAGAACACGAAGAAAGACGAAAUAGGAUUUUUGGACUACCAGAUUCUGCAGUGGUAUGCACAGCUUCCCGAGUCGUUGCAAUUCAACAAUCGGGACCUUGCCAGAGAAAAUGAGAUACCUGGCCGCGGAGUGCGCCGUCUCCGACUCCUGAUGUAUUUGCGCAAGAACCAGGCACGAAUUUCUAUCUAUCGGCCCAUCCUCCAUUCCGCGACCAGCAUUAUGGAGAACCGCCAUUACGCACAGAAUGUGAUUGAUGUGGCCAAGGACACCAUCAACACAUUGACAGCAGUGAACCAGAUGUCCGAUAUCUACAAAACCCAGCAAGUGCUGUACAACUACUUUUUGGUCCAGGCACUCGCUGUGCUCUUCCUGUCAGUGGCUCAUGCUCCGGCCGUCUUUUGCUCCCAGACCAGGCAAGAGUUCUACGCUGCGAUAGAGAUUGUCAAGGGUUUUAGCACUAAGUCACACGUGUCUAAGAGGCUCUGGCGGACUAUUCGAGGGCUCAAGGACAUGGGUGACAAGAUUGGUCUACUGGCUCGCGGCGUCAGCGGCAUGAAUGAUGCUGAACAAGACGCUCACUCAGACGCCGCGAUGGCAAUGGCUGGCCUUGCCGGACACAAAGUCGACUACCAGCAGCCGUAUGGCAAUUCGACUUCGAACCAGGCGAAUGGGGGUCAAAAUCAGCAAGAACUAGGAGUCAGCCCGGACGAUGCAUUGCAGAUCACGAAUGAGUUGUCCAGUCUAUUCGAAUUGGCUGGUGGGUAUGGAGCUGCGACUCCAGGACCGGAGUCAUUCAACUUCGUUGGCGCAAACGGUGAAAUCAGUAUGGCGGAAGGAUUCAAUGCGUUUGGAAAUGAGCCGGAAUUUGCCAGAAUUAUGAACGAGUUGUUUUGA